AUGGCAGCGCUAGUUCAGCUUCCCUCCAGACCCAACUUUGGGUUAAAUGGACGACACAUUUAUUUAAAAGCUAAUUUCUUUGCCGUCACAUCGCUGCCUGGACAAACUCUGCACCACUACGAUUGUUUGAUUCUGCCCGAAGUACCCCCGGCCAAGAACCGUGCCAUAUAUCAACUAUGGGAAGAAGAAUUCUUGCUGGCUGCUGCAUUCGCAAGUGUAUCAUUGUCUGCUGAUGGAACCCCGUCGUAUGAUGCCAUCCCAAACUUGGGUCCUUUUCCAAGAACUGUAUAUGAUGGUAGACGGAAUGUCUAUUCGGUUCGUGCUCUACCGCUUGGAGGAGAUACGGCUGUAUUCUAUGUAGAUUAUGCAGAGACGGAUGAUCCUACUGGCAAAAGGAGGGGCGUCAAGAGAUUCAAGCUCAUGUUUAAACGUGUGACAGAAAUCAAUAUGCAACGUCUAGGUCUCUUUCUGGAUGGAAGAAUCACGGAUGCUCCAUACGAUGCAAUCAUGGCUCUUGAUGUGAUCUUCCGACAUCGCCCGUCACUGACGUUCACCACUAUUGGUCGAUGUUUCUACACUGCCGACUCAGCUGCCCCCAUAUCAGGUGGAGCUCAGUUAUGGCAAGGAUUUCAUCAGAGCGUCAGACCAACUCAGGGAGGAAUGCUCGUGAAUCUAGAUGUUAGUGCCACGGCCUUCCAUCAACCUGGUCCCGUAGUAGACCUCAUAGCGCAGAUAUUAGGUAGAAAUCAUGUAGCUGAAUUGAGAUAUACAUUGACAGAGAGAGAUAGAGGCAAAGUAGAGAAGGCUCUGAAGGGGCUUAAGAUAUAUGUGACGCAUAGAGGACUCAUGAAGCGUCGUUUCCGCAUAACCAGACUCACUACUACAGCAGCCAAUCGUACAAUGUUUGCAUUUGGUGAUAAAGGCGAGGAGGAAUCUGUCUCGAAUUACUUUGCUCAAAAGUAUGGACAUCCUCUGCAGUUUGGAAACUUGCCUUGUUUAGUAGUAGGUGAUCCAGCUCGCCACGUAUACUUGCCCAUGGAGGUUUGUGAGAUUGUUCCUGGUCAGCGGCAUUUGAGAAAGUUGAAUGAACGACAAACUGCCGAAAUGAUAAAGUUUACUUGCCAACCACCACAAACUAGAUCGACAAAAAUAGGGGCUGGUAUACAAAUACUACAGCAACGUGAUAUCGAAUACCUACGAGAAUUCCAUGUAGAUGUAAGCCAAGAGAUGGUGACCAUACCCGCAAGAAUACUAUCACCACCCUCAAUAUCAUAUCAUCCUGCUUCCCGGGAACCCGUCAUCACUCCUCGGGAAGGAUCGUGGAAUCUACGCGACAAAAUGGUGGCUCAAGGUGUAACCUUGAGAUCCUGGUCGGUAGUUGCAUUUGGAUCUGAAGCAGACUAUCCAGUCUCUGCCGUUCAGAAGUUUAUAACAUUGUUAGUACAAACCUGUGAAGAAUGUGGAUUAUAUGUAGCCUCACAACAACCACCCAUAUCGUAUACCCCUCCGUAUGCCCAAGUAGAAAAAGCACUCAUUGAUGCCUAUAUGGUAGCCGGAAACUCAUUCCUGGAAAGACCUCAACUCAUCUUGUGUAUAUUGCCAAAUACCAGUGUCCCAUUAUAUGCCGAAAUUAAAAGAGUUUCUGAUACUGUUAUCGGUAUUGCUACUCAAUGUGUACUCGCCAAACAUGUCUUUGCUGCAAAAAGGCAAUAUUGUGCGAAUGUGUGCCUUAAAAUCAAUGUCAAGUUGGGUGGCAUGAACUCGUAUCUCAGCAAUGCCCAAUUGCCGUUUGUAAGCGAACGACCCACCAUCAUUUUCGGAGCUGAUGUUACGCAUCCGGCACCUGGCUCCACUUCAAAUCAGUCAAUUGCAGCAUUGGUUGGUUCGAUGGAUGCUCAAUGCUCACGUUACGCUGCUGCUAUUCGGGUGCAACGUGGCCGACAAGAAGUCAUUCAAGACCUCAGUGGAAUGGUAGUUGAAUUGCUCAAGACAUUUUAUCAAACAUGCGGAUCCAAACCAGAUCGAGUCAUCAUGUAUCGUGAUGGUGUUUCUGAGGGUCAGUUCUCAGAAGUUUUACGAAAUGAAGUUGAAGCCAUUCAAAGGGCCUGUAUAAUCUUGGAGCCCUCAUAUCGACCUCUUAUAACCUUUGUUGCUGUGCAAAAACGACAUCAUGCUCGCUUUUUCCCCAUUCAGCGGGAAGAUGCUGAUAGAUCUGGAAAUAUACUGCCUGGAACCAUCAUUGAAAGUGGCGUCACACACCCCUCUGAAUUCGAUUUUUAUUUGUGCUCUCAUCCUGGAUUACAAGGAACCUCAAAGCCUACUCAUUAUCACGUCCUCUAUGAUGAAAACAAAUUUGACGCUGAUGGAUUGCAAGAACUGACAUACCGUCUGUGUUACUUAUACUGUCGAGCUACUCGCAGUGUCUCUGUCUGUCCCCCAGCAUAUUAUGCACACACAGUAGCAGCUCGAGCCCGUUUCCAUGCAUCACAGGAACCACCACUCUCUGACUCUGAGGCACCAUCGCCUUUGGGACUUGGAGUGAGCAAUAUGUCGAUGCCUUCCAAACUGUCUGGAUAUAUUACACCUCGACCAAUGUCUAGUUCACCUGUACCCGGUGGAAUGGUAGGAAGUGGUUAUGAGACUCCACGAUAUGGUGGUAGCUCUGCCGCAUCUUCUGUCAUGGGAACUCCUACUAUCGGGCAGAUGGCUGGUAUGAGAGGAGGUGUCAGCAGUCUUCCUUCGUAUUUGCGAGAUGGAGGCCGUGGUGAUGGUAGACAUGUGGUUUACGGUGUAGUAAAGUCAGAGCUCGCAGGAACCAUUGAUUCUGAUGGUCCUGAUGUGCCUGCUCUUGGAAGAUGGUGGAACCAAUAA